GUGCGUAGAAGUGCUUUGCAGAUCGAUUGAGUGUGGGAAGGAAGCUAGCCGGGCGUAGUUUCUGGAGAAGAUCUGGAAUCUGACAGUAGUGGCGAGGCGUUAGCUAUUUUGGAUGCUCCAUUCCAACAGGCUGGAAUUUCGAGUGGUAGCAGUUUGCAGGGCAUAAUAGUCGCAGGAGAAGCGCCCGAGUCGGACGAGGAACGCGCGGGUAAUAUUCUUUGAACCUGGUACUGUGAGCAGCAUCAGUAGUGCAGCCAGUAUUUCUUCAGAAUCUUCGCUGACAGCAGAUGUGAAGGAAGGAUAUAAGGGAAAGGAAUCAGAAAGCAAAUAUAGCUGAUUGCUGCAUAAAAAAUUGUGUUAAAAAUUGCCAGAUUUCACUCUAAGAACAUCAACGAGAGAAACGUAUAAGGGGACUGCAGUCAUGAGAUUGGUGGAACACUGAAACCGUGCGGUCAGCCGACUCCGAUCAUGGUUGUACGUGUACGUGGUUAUCCUGUCGGAACACCGCCUCGAACUAGAGCGCCGCUAGAUGAAAGCUGCAAUGGAACCAUCCAUUGGAUGACUACUUUUAAUGUAUGGCACUUCCCAGUUUGGCAGUACUCUAGAAAAUGCGUUAAAGAAUGUCCUAUUUACAACUCUAUGCUCCGUGAUUCCAAAGGAGAACAUAAAAUUGUCUACGAGCAACAGUUUUUUAUUCCUGUGUGCGAUGAAGGUGGUAGAGAACAACUGAUAAGGACUGCUCCGAAUGGUGAUAGUGAACAGGAAGAGAUUCAUAUAACAAAUAAUGGAUAUGUAGGGCCUGGUGGGUAUGUAGUAGAUGAUAGGUUUGCAGGACCUUGUGAAACUGAUGGAGAAGAGGAAUAUGUAUGGGUUGAAGUAUCUCUUGAGGAUGAUGAGGAAGAUGGUUCUGUAGAAGCUGAUGGAGCUGCAGAAGCUAGGGGCACUGCAAGAGCAGGACAAGGUCGACCUAGUGGUGAUGCAGGUGGCACGGCAGCAGGAACAAGUUCAAGAGGGUACAAGUCAGAAGGAAGAGGCGGAGGAGCAGGAACAGCAGCAGCACGUCGUCCACCAGAAGCCAACAGAUCCCCAAAAGUAGAACGUAGGGGAUCCUGCAUGCGCAUAGCUACCCAUCCUCCUGUCGCUAACCAGUUUGCAAAUGCUACAAGUUCACCAGACACAGCACUGUCCCAGUCGAAUACUUCUUCACCUGAAGAACUGUCAGAAGCUAAACCUAUUCCACUUGGUCCACAGCCGUCUACAGGAAAUAGACCACUGGCAGUAGUUGCCCCUGUGAAUGCCGAUUAUAAUCUUGCAGUGCCACACGCAGGUUAUCAUCACUGUCGUCACCAUCGUCGCUGUCAUCGUCGUAACAGUGCAGUAGGCAAUGGUAAUUUAACAACCACUGAUAACUCACGUGGGAGAACCGAUGUCAAUGCCACUGCCACCAGAGACAACAGUCAGUGGAUUGAGAUUAUCACCAUCCGGGCAGCUAAGGAAGAAGUCGUAGGAAACGCCAGUGGCCCGAGUGCCACUGUCCCCGGGAGCACCAGUGGCCGGAGCGCCAGUGGCCCGAGCACCACAGUGCCCGGGAGCGCCAGUGGCCCGAGCGCCACAGUCCCCGGGAGCACCAGUGGCCCGAGCGCCACAGUCCCCGGGAGCGCCAGUGGCCGGAGCGCCACAGUCCCCGGGAGCGCCAGUGGCCCGAGCGCCACAGUCCCCGGGAGCGCCAGUGGCCCGAGCGCCACAGUCCCCGGGAGCGCCAGUGGCCCGAGCGCCACCGUCCCCGGGAGCGCCAGUGGCCCGAGCGCCACAGUCCCCGGGAGCGCCAGUGGCCGGAACCCCACAGUCCCCGGGAGCGCCAGUGGCCCGAGAGCCACAGUCCCCGGGAGCGCCAGUGGCCCGAGAGCCACAGUCCCCGGGAGCGCCAGUGACCCGAGCGCCACCGUCCCCGGGAGCGCCAGUGGCCCGAGCGCCACAGUCCCUGGGAGUGCCAGUGGGCCUAGUGCCACCAUCCCCAGAAACACCAAUGUCCCACAUGUCACCCUUGCUGGAAAUGCUAGUGGAGCAGGCACCAACACUGUCAUCAGAAAUGCAAAUCCGACCACUGUCAUCAGAAAAGCAAAUACGACAACGGUCAUCAGAAAAGCAAGUGGCACCACCGCUGGAAAUACAAGUGGCCAGAGUGCAGCCACUUCUGAAGACAGCAUCGCUGAAGACAGCAGUGCUGAAGACAGCAGUGCUGAAGACAGCAGUGCUGAAGACAGCAGUGCUGAAGACAGCAGUGCUGAAGACAGCAGUGCUGAAGACAGCAGUGCUGAAGACAGUAGCACCGAAGACAGCGCCGAAGACAGCGCCGAAGACAGUAGCGCCGAAGACGGCGCCGAAGACUGUAGCGCCAAAGACAGUAGCGCUGAGGACAGUAUCACUGAAGACAGUAGCAAAGAAAUCAUUCUUUGCCCAAAAUGUUUUAAUUUAGAGACAUUUAACAAAUAUUUUUAUUUUAUUGGUCCUGGCACUGUUACACUUCGACCUGGCAAAAGAAUUAUUGAGGCAGACGAUACUAAAGAGUCCAAGUGCGAAAGAGGAAAUAUGAGAGGUGACAAUUCCAAACGUAGCAAUGUCACUCCCACUAACACUAGUUACAAGAAAGGCAAGGUUAUCUAUACCAGCGUCAUAGUUUCUCCUAAGGGGGAAUCUUCCAGACGGGAGUCCAUUUCCCGUGAGAGAAAUAAAAGGGAUAAUUUAUGUCUUGAGGAUAGGGUUGCAAAACGCAAGAAGAUGUAAUGCGCUGCAGUUUUCAUUUUGACUGUAUGGAAAAUAAAAGCAAUUAAUUCAAUUAGUUUGUAUUAAUCUAUCUAGAGAAUAAGUGAUUGAAUGUGCUCACAAGUGGUGCAAUAUGUUAGAUAUUACCUUAACUGUCUGUUCUAUCAGUUCUUGGAGGAAUAUUUUAUGUAUUAUGAGUGUAGACACACACAACAUUUAUGUAAUAUUCUACAGUAUUUAUUUCAUAAACCAGUUUUUGUGUGUUAUAUUAUCAUUGGCUACAAAGAUAAAAUUGUGAGGCAGUGAAAUUUUAUCUAAAACAAAUUAAAAUAGUAUGAGUAAGAGGAGUAAUUUACAACAUGGCCUGGGUGGGAUUAUGAGUAUCAGCAGUUAAAGUGGCAAAUCAGGGAGCUGUGUCUGUUCAUUCAGUAUUAAGCUUGGGCAGAUGAGCAUAUGUAUAUUAAUUUCCAUUGUUUCAAUGUAGUUCAUCUUCCUUCCUUUAUGGAUGUGAUGUAAUACUUCAUGUUGCACUUUGUAACUAGGGCCUUCUUUAAGCAGGUGGUCUGCACAAGUGGAAUCUCCUGUUUCAAGUUUCCAGCUCCUGUGGUAUUUCUUCAAACGAGUGCACAUUGCCCUGUCAGAUUGACCUACGUAGAAUUUGCUACAAUCACAAGUAAUUUUAUAUUUUCCGCACUCUUUUGCAAACCUGAAGUGUUGUCGUUCUGUCUUUACCAGGAAGUGUUGUCGUGCUGUCUUUACCAUUGGCAAAAAGUGUCUAAGUGUUGUGUGCAUAAAAUGACUCUUUAAGUUCCUGGAUUUAAGCUUUAUGACUACAUUCAGUGAGACUUUCCCUAAAUAUAGAAUCGUGCACCAUUUGUUGUGUUCUUGAGGUGGUGGGUUGAGAACAGGGUAAAGAAGAUACUGUGCCGUGUCACAAGGCUGCGAGUGUGAUGGAGUGGUUCAAGGAACAUGGUGCUGGGUUCCAGUUGAUGUGCUGGACCUCUAACUGGCCAGAUAUGAACGUGAUCGAACACAUCUGGGUUGUGAUUGAACAAUGUGGCGUGAGAGCUCAUUGUGCUGCCUCCCCCCUCCCUCCCCAGAAUUUAUGGAAAUUAGGUCUACCAUGGCCUCAUUGCUCCCAUGCCAUGAUGCUUCAUCAUUGUUAUCUGUGCUAAAGGAGCGUAUGUCUGGUCUUGUAGCUGUCAUUAUAUACAUCAAACAAUCUGCUAAUUCUCUGUGCAGUUUGUUUCCAACUAUGUCACCACAAGCAUUUUCACUGGGUUUGAUUUCCAUCGGUCUUUUACAGUAAAUUCUUCCCAUGUGAAUUCUUUUCAGUAAGUUUUCAAGGUAAACAUGUUGACUAAAACAUUUUGUCAUGGUUCCUCUGUAUAUUGCUAAGGAAUAAUUUUGGUCCCCCAAGUUCUCACAUUCAAAAGCUUUACUUCUUCUCAAUAUUGGUGAUUUACCUUCUAUGAUUCCCAGCAAUUACAUCAUCUAGAUACAGUAUCAAGUAAUUAGUAUAAUAAUCAGUGCUUUCAACAUAGAGAUAUCUAUCAACUUAGGAUUGUUGAAAUCCAAUUUCCAUCAUAAAUUGUCAAAUGUGGAGUUAUAAGUUCGUGGUGCCUGCCUCAGUCCAUAUAAAGUUUUAUUUAGUUUGCACACAAGUCCUUCCUUAAUCUAUAUAUCAUGAGGAAAUUCCAUAUAAAUUUCUUCAGUCAGUUCUCCAUGCAGGAAUUCAUUGUGUACAUUCAUUUGUUCCAUAAACAUGUUCGUAUGCUACACUAAGAAAAAUUCUCAUCCUGUGGAGCAUAUGUCCUCUCAUAGUCACAUCCUUUUACCUGAGCACACCCUUUGAUAACUAAAUGUCCUUAUAGUCUACAUUUUGAUAUUUCCAGAUGCAAGUCUUUUUACUCUGAAAACCCACUUACUGUCAAUGUCUCUUAUUUGCUGGAAUUGGUAUCUAAGUCCAAGUUCCAAUGGUGUCCAGUUGUUUCUUUCAAGAAAAAGAAAAAUUAAUUUUACAGUACUUGGGGCCCAGACAACUUUGGUCAGUGGUUCAAUGCUGCCUUUUUGCAGCCUCUGAUCUUGUUCCUGCUUUUGCCACACAAAACUUAUAGUUUCAUGUUUCAGUCUUCCUUUAUUAUUUUUGUCCAUUCUUCUUCUUCAUAUUGACAUUGCACACAUUAAACUGGGAAAUCCUACCCCACCCACCGUAUUCCUCCGAUUACAAUUGUUUUCGAUCAGUGGCACACGACCUGGCUGACCACUCUUCUGGUCACAUAAACAAGGAGAAAAUUCAGUCUAGGUGCACAUGUGUCAUUGUCAAUCUAGAACCUAUAUGCUCAAAAACUUGAGCUAUUACAUAUUUUUUGUGUAGAUCUGUGCACCACAAAUCAGUUAUCUACAGAUGAAUAGCUGCUUGUCUUCAGUGUUUGUUUUUAAUGUCAGAUUCUAGUAAUUUGUUACACAUUUAGAUGACAGACAAAUCUAGCAACCCACACAUGUGUGAGGAAGAAUAAGGAUGAUUUAGUGGCAAGUGCGAGUAGAGAUGACACAGACACGAUGUUUGCUUUCAAAUACUUGGGGUCACUAUGUUUUCUAUUUAAGUGAGGCACCACUUGAUAGCACAUUCACAUGUAGAAAAAAAAAUCCAUGGAAUCAAACCUGAUUAAGAUUCACAUGUGUAAGAAGGUGUAUGCAGCUGCAAGAUUUCAUGCAAUUGUAGAUAGGCUAGCAGCACUUUACCUAGUUAUGUUUGGUUGAUCCCAUGUGGCUUCACAAAGAUUCAUGUAAUAUGUAGUUGUUUUGUCAGAUUUGAAAUGGAAAGCAUUCUAACUGUAGUUAAAAUAUUCUACCAGAAGUCAGAAAUUGAUGACACACAGUGUUACAGUGGCUAAAGAUCCUGCCAUUUAAACAUUACUUUAGAAGCAACAAUAAACCUCUACUAGAUUCCAAAGCCUGAUGGCCACUGUUUUAGACCAUAAAGUAUGAACUCAUACUAUGUUUGAUGUUUAGUAUGGUCAUACUGUUCUUUUGAAAGUACCCUACUACCUAAAAGAAAGUCUUUAUAUAUUGAAGUGUAGGUUUUUGCUUGUAGUUAGUAUGUUGCAGUAUAUCUGUGUUGUGGGAACAAAUCUUAAACUGGUGGCAAUUUACACAGAUACAAUUUGUCCUCAAUAUAUAGUUCUGAUUAAAAAACAAAUACUAUAAUGCUCUCUCACAUAAACUUGAAAUCAUGAUCUCUACAUGCAAAAGUGUGCUUAGAGUAUUAAUUGUGGUACCACUUGUGUAUUUUACAUAUGUAGUCAGUCAAAUUUUAUGAAAUAUUGCAUUUUGAUGGUAGGCAAUGAAAACCUCGUAACUCUGUUAUCAGAGAGAGUUUUGAAAGUGCAUGGAUUUCUCUGAUCUGUCAGUAGCUAGGCUCCUACUAUAUAGUUACACAUGUUGCAACAUUAUGUGUAUGACUAAAUAUAUAAAGAAACCCUUUUUGCUUCUCCUGUAAAGUUUAACAAAAUGGAGUUAAAGAGAUUUUCAUUGCCUACCAUAAAUUUGUUACUGAGAUGGAGGGCUAGGUAUAAAUUUUGUCCAGGUCUCUGCAAAUAAUUAUGGUUCCUUACUGCACUGAAACCAUCGAAACAGAAAGGAACAGCAGAAAAAUGCUUCUUAUGAAGGAUAUACAAAAUAUGGCAUAUUCUUUAACAAACUAGCUGACUUGGGCCAAUGCGAGCAAAUGAUUUCUCUGUUCUACAAAAAAAGUGUUAUAUAUUAAAAACUUUUUGUAUUGGUUAUUGGUAAUAUAUACAAAUCUUUUAAGUCUACGAAACCUUAUGUCUUGGUGUUCAUUUGUACAGGCAGUGCAAUGAAGAGAAUUUAGUGUGAUGCAACACACUUUUCAGAUGUAGCACAAUACAUAUUUCUCUAUGAAAAAUAACGUAGUUUUAGUUAAUAAUUGUGAAUUCUGCUGUUUCAUGUGCAAAAUCAACUGUAAUGUCAAGUAACAGAUAUAUUCAAGAGUGGAAGGAUUGUAAUUUCAAAUUAUAUAAACAUAUUACUGUGCAAUUUCAUAGUUGUAACCCCUCUCAUGAUCUUGAUUAAAUGUUUAGUGAAACUUUAAA